AGGUUCAGACUUGAGUAGGAUUGGAGAGAGAGAGAGAGAGAGAGAGAGAGAGAGGAAAAAUACAGUAAAGAAAAAGCUGAGGAGAGAGAGAGAGGGCCAGAGGGGAACUGGGAAGGUCAAGAUUCACCCAUUUGGUCAUUCAACAAAGGCAACCUUUUACUUCUCUCAUCGAAGUAGGAGUAAUUUCCUUUCCCAAAAACUGAACUUAAAAAAAAAAAAAACUGGAAAAAUAAGAAGUGGGUGAUUCUAAUCAUUGUGAAGACUUUGGUGGUCGAUCGAGAGAGAGAGAGAGAGCGCGCAGAAGUAAUGGGAAUGGUUACCCAAGAAGCUAUAGAUCAGCUGCAAGUAUUAAUGGAGGAAGUUGAUGAACCUCUGAAGAAAACAUUCAAGAAUGUACAUCGGGGCUAUCCUACUGAAACUUUGGCCCGGUUCCUCAAAGCAAGAGAAGGGAAUGUUUCCAAGGCUCACUCAAUGUUGGUGGAUUGUUUAAAGUGGCGGGUGGAGAAUGAUAUUGACGGUAUAUUAGCGAAACCCAUUGUUCCUACUGAUCUAUACAGAGCAAUACGUGAUUCACAACUUGUAGGAUUGUCCGGUUACUCAAGAGAGGGCCUUCCAGUUUUUGCUAUUGGCAUAGGCACCUUUGACCAAGCAUCUGUCCACUACUAUAUUCAGUCACACAUUCAAAUCAAUGAAUAUCGGGACAACGUACUUCUGCCUUCUGCCUCAAAACAGUGUGGGAGACAUAUUAGUAAAUGUCUGAAGGUUUUUGAUAUGACGGGUCUGAAGCUUUCAGCACUUAGCCAAAUCAAGCUUUUGACUAUUAUUACUACAAUUGACGACCUGAAUUACCCAGAGAAGACGCUUACAUACUAUAUCGUCAACGCUCCCUAUAUAUUUUCAGCUUGUUGGAAGGUAGUCAAGCCUCUUUUGCAUGAGAGGACAAGAAGAAAAGUGCAGGUACUGCCAGGUUGUGGGCGAGACGAUCUGCUGAAGAUAAUGGAUCAGGGAUCCCUCCCACACUUUUGCCGAAAAGAAGGGUCUGGAUCAUCCCGACAUAUGGAGAAUUCAACGGAGAAUUGCUUUUCCUUGGAUCAUCCCUUUCAUCAACAAAUCUACAACUACAUCAAGCAGCAAUUUGCCAUCCGAGAACCUGUGAGACCUAUCAGACAGGGAUCUGUUCAUGUCGUUUUGCCAGAUUCAGCAGUGGAAGACAUGGAAAUUGCAAAAACCCUUGAAUCUGAGUUGCAGAAGUUUGAUUAUCAGGAUGAGAUCUGUGGGUCGUUAGACGGGCUGAAAAUAGAUCAUGGCAAAUGAGAGGGAAGGUAAUGCCUCUCUUGUGGUGAUGAGUUGGAACAACAGAUGCACUAUUACUAUUUACUGCUAACUGUGGCUUAAUUUAUUGCCCACGUCAGUAGGGUUGUCUGGUACUAAUGACCAUAAUAGUUGCGGUAUUAACUCAGUACGAGUUUUCUGGAAAUAGCUAAUAGUAUUCGUAUUCACUUACCUUAUUUGCUGGCUAAUCAAUUUCAAUCUAUUUGCAGCCUGCAUUUGGAAGAAAGCAAACGGCUUAUGUAAGUUAAUGUCUAUGUGGAUCCUGGCUUAUGUCAUUUGUACAGAAAUGAAUGCCCCGUUGUAUGCUAGAGCAAGAUAAACCCUGUAAGCAUCUAAUUCUUAUUCAAUCCUCAAUAGCUUGUUCCUGACC